AUGGAUGUAGACCUCCCUCAAUGGUGGGACGAGCGUUUUCCUCCUCUAGCACUAUAUUAUGGAGGACGCGACUUCCUCAUACUUGCUGACCCACUGCUCGAACGUCUUGCCACAAAGGAGAAGCAUAUCAAGCUUAUUCGUUCAGAAAGAAUACCACUCGCGGAACACUGUGAUUUCUACUGGGCAGCCGACGCCGUAGAAUGGUGUUUUUACUCGCUACUAG